UUUUCUAGGUAGUGUUUUCAUGCAAAGAUGAGCAUCACGUUGUAGAACAAACCGUCUAACUUUGUAGCCAGCAAGUUGUUUGGUGACUUCAUACUUUCCAAAGAUAGACACACAACUAUUACUGCUUGUGCAUAUCGCGGAAGAUAAAUCACCAGCUGAAAUUAGCCGAUCACGGGAAACUUCUCGUCAUUAUGGGGGCCCUAGUAGGGUGCAAAGUGGAUAUCAUAUCAUUUUAUUGUAAAUUGCUAUUUAAACUAAGCAAAAGACCAUCAAAGAACCAGGCAUGGGUUUGUGAACGGUGCAGAGCCUGAGAAGAGAAGCAGAAGACAAACUCAGUAACAUCUAGGACGGACCAUAGCUAGCAUUCGCAGAAAACCUACAAAAACUUUAACUUUGCUUUCUGUAUGCUCAAGUCGUAAUUCUAACCGUUACUAAACUAUACACGAACCUGGUGUCAUGUUUGCAGCUAUCAGAGGGAGAAACGGCAACUGUGCGGAAUAUCCCCACCCCUGAUAUUUGACCCUAGUGCAGAAAACGUCCAACCACUUGCUUGUACAGUUGCAUGGUGCCAAGAACAGUCGUCCACGUAUACUACAGUACCAAACGAAGAAACUAUAUGCAGGUAAACGCGGGACGCAAUCUCUUGCAGAAGAUACGGGUCAUCUAACUAAAAUAGUGUGCGGAAUUACCCCGGAUUACACUAUAUGUACGACGCUAGCGUAGCUAAACUUUAGUGUCGUGUAUCCGUAUAUGGUAUAGUAGGCGAAGACUUGUCUAUAUAGUGGCUAGUGAUAUGCGUUAGAGUCAGUCUACCGUAGAGUACGUUGUUGCGUAAACCAGAUCUAGAUAUUACCUUCCCAGUGUACGUCUACGCGAAUAUUAUCAAGGUUUGUCGAUACACGACAGCUAGCAGCUGAGUUUAGCUGCAUGCAGCUAUUUCGCAGAGAAGCAGAUCUAGAACGAAGACCGUGUCGGUGAUUACUAGACUACUAAAGUUCGUCCACUCUGACUUCUCCCCCGGAAGCUUGUGUGGUUCUUGCAUGCGUGGGUAGAUGUUCCCAGAGUUUAUCCAAUGAGCAAUUAGUAAUAAGCGUAAGGGGUGGGUUGUCUUUCAAUUGAAGGCUGUCCAUUGGUUUAAGUUAGAGUAGCUAGGUGAACAAUUUGCAUAACAAGGUUGGCGGAAGUCCGUCUGUAAUGCACACCCAAGGAACAGCAUGACUGUGAGCUCUAGAUCUAAAAUGAAGUGUCUAGCGUGUCUCUAGGACCUUGCUGUCAAAAGUUAUUCAGGAUUUACUGAGGGAGAAGUCAGCGUGGAUAGGAAAUGCCCGAAAUUAUAUCCGGGACUCUAGAUCUAUGGCUUCAACACGGAAGCAGUUUCGCCAUCGGCAACUUCUCCCGCCGCGCAAGAGAGCCUGGGUACGAGGCUAACAAGCUAAAAUUGCAAAUGGAUGAAGAUCUUCCUCUCCUCUCACGCUCUCCGUCGGCUACCGAUGAAAGCCAAACGAUCACGAAACCUUCAAAGACAUUGUUGCGUCGAUACGUGACUGUGGCAGUGAUUUUGGUUAGCUGCUUCAUGAACUACGUCUGCAUCUACAUUCCUUCUCCCUUCUACCCACAGAUUGCUGCCAAAAGGAAAGGUUCGAAAGCAGACACAGAAGUUGGUGUAAUGGUCGGUAGUAUGCAGCUGUCCGCUGCCUUCGUGUCGUUGUAUAUCGGAAGAUACCUAAACCGAUUGGGUGUCAGGUUCCUGGUUACAUCCGGCGUUUUCUUAGUGGGCGGAUGUACAGUGAUUUUUGGUUUUCUGGAGUAUGUAAAAGAGUGGUCACCAUUCAUUGGACUUAGUAUUGUCAUCAGAUUUGUGAUGGGAUUUGGAGAAGCUGCAUUUGAUGCGACAUCAAUAGCUUUGUUGUUAGGCAUGUUUCCUUCUCAUACAGCUACUAUUUGGGGUCUUUACGAAUUUGCUGUCACUCUUGGUUUGGUUAGCGGAGCACCGCUUGGUGGAUUUCUGUAUCAUGCUGAAGGCUUUUAUUUUCCUUUUGUGAUCAUUGGUGGUGUUUUGUUGUUGUGUACACCACUUUUGUGGCUUCUGCUAUCAGACUGUCAUUCACUAAUUGAAAGUACUGAUGAUGAUCAAACUGAUUGUGAUCAAUCUGUGUCAUUGUUGCAGCUGCUGAAGAUACCAUCUAUAGUUCUAGUUCUCUUGAACGUGUCUACUUGCUAUGCAGCUUUAGCACUUUGUCAGACAUCGGCGGCAAUGUUUCUUUACAAAGAGUUUGGUUGGGGCACGACUCACAUUGGAUUGAUAUUUCUUAAUGCAGGGGCAGUGUAUCUUGUCUUUACUGUUGUAUUUGGUCUGGUGGUGGAUGCCACUAAUCCACGAAUUGUAAUGAUCAUCGGGUUACUAGUGGAUACGUGUGCAAUGAUGAUAUUUGGUCCAUCAUUUGUGUUCUCGUUUCUCUCUCCUAAGCCAUGGUGUGUGUAUGUUGGAGCAACAUUAUGGGGAUUCGGAGUGGCUAUGGUUGUAAUAUCUUCUGGUCCUGAUGUCAUUCUCACCGCUAUUUCAAGAGGAUACGAAAAGAACAUGGCAUUGAAUGGAGCUGUAUCCGGACUUGUGUUAGCAGCUAUAUUUUUGUCUGGAACAUUAGGUGCUGCCAUUGGUGGAGGUCUGACAGCUGCAAUGAAUUUUCGCAUCUCCUCCUCGGUUUUUGGCUUUGCCAGCUUUCUGCUGAUGAUUGUCACUACUGUGGUCACUGUAGUCAACGCCAUUAUGUCUAGACGACAAUAAAACACUUGAAAUUUGAUAUACUGAGUGGUAUAAUCUAUUCACUUUGGUUUGAGAAUAUGUUAUUAUAAUUGAUCACUAACAGUUUAGUCGUACAAUAAAGUUAAAUUGAGAAAUCGUGAUAAUAAGCCAACUUUGUUUCGUCCCUAAUAA